AUGAAACGCACCCGAAGAAGCUCCCGAUUGUCUGAGAGAGAAACAUCUACUCCGGCUCCCUCCGCCGCUGGUCCUUCCGGAUCUUCCCGCAAACGAAUCCGGAAGCAACGGCGAGAGAUCACUCCGCCGCCGUCUUCUCCGCCUGCUGCAAAUAAGUCUUCCUCAUCUACCGACGACGAGGUUGAAGCCUUUCAACCCAAAGAGCCGCGUUAUCAAGCAAGCCGUGCUAUCUUCCAAGCACGAAAUCAAGAAAACCCCGAGAUGCUUCAUUCCAACAUCACUCCGUUCUCGAGUCGCUUCGUCACGAGCAAUUCGGCUGAGAGGUAUGAAAAAUUGGCUCCACGUGAGUUUGUGAUUCAACAGAGGUUAGAUGUGAAUGAUGAGAACUUGUUUGAUGUGAAACAGGUGGUAGUUAGGUCGGGUUUGAUCUACACUCUGAUUGAUAGUGAUUUGUUUCACCCUAAUGUGGUGAAAGAGUUUAUUGCCAAUUUGGGUGCUGCUGAGGAUAGAAGAAAUGGUGUUGCUGUGUUUCUUCGUGGGUCUAUGGUUGAUUUCUCGCCUAGCCUGAUUAAUGCUCUGUAUCUGGUUCCGGGAUUUGAAGAAGAUCAUGACUACAUGGCCGCAGACAUUGAUCGAGUGUGCUCGUUUUUGACGGAUAAUUGUGUGCAGUGUUGGGAAGCCAUGAGCUCCAAGUAUCUGACCCCGACGAAUCAAGUCCUUUACAAACUAGUGUUCUCAAAUUGGAUUCCCACCAUCAACUACACGUCAAUGAACCAGGAACGACUCAAGUUUCUCUAUAUGAUUCAUCAUCAGCUUUGCAGCUUUGACUUUGGUUAG